AUGGCACAUGAGAUGAAACGCUCGAAGACAUUAAUGGUUACCACUCAUGACGGCAGCGAAGACAACAAACACAAGCCACAGAUUUACGCGAAGAACUCAAUCGACAGAUUCGGUGACGAUUUGUGUGCACUUCUGUUGUCAUACUUUCCGCUCGAAGACCACAUCCGUUGCGAAUCGCUGUCCAAACAGUUCCGGCGGACAGUCUUCCGAAGUCUUCGCGACAUUACUAUUGACGACAAACUUAUGAGACGAUUACCGAAGAGCAAUGUCCGCCAAAUAGUGGCCACAAUUGCCAUAAAGUGUGAAAACAUUGAAACCAUUGACUGCCGAGGAAUGAGCAGUAGAUUUGAAGAACCAAUUGUCGAAUUUGCAAACAAUGCAACUCUUAUUGCGAAGAAUUUGCAUACAUUUGAGUUAUUGGACUAUUUCGCCGACAAUUCAGAUGAACACCGAUUGUCUGCAUUCGUGGCACACAAUCUGUGCCUCAGAAGCGCUGUGUUUAUGGUUUACGACACUUUACCUAAACUUUGCCAACAAUUGUCGCGAUUAACACAAUUACGGGAAUUAGGACUCGGAUUGAUGUUAACGAGUGGUCAGAACUCAUUGUCCGAGUCUUUGCGUACGUUUGGCUUAGAUUGUAAACAAUUGCAACGAUUGACACUUCACUUGAAUGCGUGCCAUAAUUUGGAUUUAAUUGAUGAAUUCAAUAGUCAUUCUUUGGAUUCAUUGCAAUGUUAUCGACGAUUAAAACGAUUGAAUUUAUGGCUUAAUGUGGCCCUCAAUCCCGAAGUGUUGGAACCGUUGACACUUUGCCACCGAUUAACACAUUUGACAAUUAAUUCACGGAAAAUGAGUGACAAAUUGUUUGUCAAUUGUGACAAACAGUGGCCACGACUUCAACACCUGUCCAUCAAAACUAAUACAAUAAGUCGCGAGUGUUUGGACCACAUCUCAAGACUACCGGCGCUGCAAAUCCUUAUCAUUGAUGUCUACGUAAUCAGUGGUCUGACAGAUAAUGAUUUCGAGGAUCUGUUGUCCAGAAGUCCUAAACUAAAGGCAAUUGAAUUCAUUGUGAAUACGAAUCGCAAAACUUUUACCGUAUAA